CCCACCAAAAAAAAAAGAGUGGACCACCGGUUGGAUCACGCUCGGGUCCUCUAACUGCUGCCCACAAUAGAAAAUGGAGCUGAAGGGAGAAAGCGGCGGCGACAAGGUGGUGGAAGCGGCGAAGAGGCGAUGCAAAGCCCUCACAUAUCGAAUCCAAACCUUACCCAAAUCACCCUCAUUGUGGAAGACCACUCUUCUGCGUCUCGUCAACUCCGAGCUCUCUUUCCUCCACCGCCUAAACCAUUCCUCCUCCGUCUCACCUCCCACCGCUCUCAGCCUCAACAUCGGCCACCUCGAAGCCGUCUUCCACGUCCUCCGCCACCCAUCCGUCACUGCCGUCGUGCGCGUCUGCAAACCCAUUCCAACCUCCCCUCCACAAACGCGGAGAGCGGGUAAUUCUCGUGUAUAUAUAGACAUAGUGUGUUCUCUCAAUGGAAACCCUGUUUGGAUCCUUGUAUCAGAUCGAAAUCCCAAGCACAAUGACUUCAAGGAGUUACGCGGCCGGAUUCUUGAAGUUCUGAUCGCCGCCCGUCAGUCGAAUUUAACUGUGAGGCCCUCUUCGGUCAUCCUUUCGUUCUCCAAUGGCCUCCGAGACGACGUUAUCAAGAAACUCCGUGAUGAAUUUGGGGCCAUUGACUUGGCUGGGUUUGGGGAUUGCCCUCCAUUUGAGCACGAAUUUGAGGAGGGACCUUGCAGGUCUUUUGAAAGGGCCUGCAUUUUGGAAAUAAAGAUUGAGGCCUUUCAUCCCACUAUAGAUGUUUUAGAUUCCAAGAGGGAAGAAGAAAAAUGUGGGGAUGAUGUAGAGCAUUUAGAAAUGGAUAGCAAUGUUGUUGUGAAUUUAGGUGAAUCAUUUUGUUCUCUUGUGUCCAAAAUGAAGAGGUGGUCUGAUUGGGAUGUUGAAGAUAAUGCUGAAUUAGUUAACUUUGAUACAACAGCUCUGGUUGCUGCUGUGUCGGGGAUCAGUAAUGGGGUUACUGGGAAACUUUUGGAUACUCCGGAGAGUGAUUUGAGGGCUCGGUUCAAGGGAAAUUAUGAAUUCGUGAUAAAUCAGGUGAAUUCUGAAAUUACACACCCAAUCCAUGCGGAUAUGGCUGGCGUAAUAUCCGGGAAGAGAGGAAUUAUUUGUAAAAGCGUUUUCUCAGAGUUCCAGGAGCUAGUAUCAAUGUGUGGUGGGUCGAGGGAAAAGUUAAGAGCACAGCACUUUCUGAAGCGACUUAAGGUUGUUCCUGACUGCCCAUCAGAACGCAUGAUGAGCCUUCCAACCACCAGAAAGCUGGCCUUGAAAAACAAAGUUGUAUUCGGGACUGGUGAUCACUGGCACGCUCCAACCAUGACUGCAAACAUGGCUUUUGUAAGAGCUGUUUUGCAGGCAGGCAUGUCCCUUUUUACGGUGGAGCACAGGCCGCGGGCACUAGUUGGUGACUAAUUAAGCCAGGGGAUAUGUUGUAAACUGGUAUUGUCAUCUACAAGUGUUACAUUGCUGCUUAUAGAAUGACCUUGUACUAUUCAGAUUUUGCACUUCCAUUAUGGAUUACAUAUGUAAAUGAAAAAUGUGAGAUUUUGCCAUUUUACA